AUGAAUGGUGAGGCGGAAAAAGUCCGCGUGAUUGUUAGGUGUCGACCUCUAUCAAGUGAUGAAUUAUCACAUGGACACUCAAAUGUCGUCAAUGCAGAUAAUCGAGCUAACACCAUUCAACUAUUACAUCCCGAUCAAACACAGGAGCCACCUCGUUCAUUCGUUUUCGAUGCCGUUUUUCCACCGGACACAAACCAGAUUCUUGUCUAUAAUGUAGCCGCAAGACCAAUUGUCGAAAAUGUUUUAAAGGGUUACAACGGCACAAUCUUUGCAUAUGGACAAACGGGUACGGGGAAAACGUUCACAAUGAGCGGCGACGAUGAAAAACCCGGAAUAAUUCCAAACUCAUUUGCACAUAUCUUUGAUCAUAUUUCAAAAUGUGAACAUGAUAUUACUUUUUUGGUUCGAGUUUCUUUUCUCGAAAUCUACAACGAAGAAAUUCGAGAUCUGUUGGCAAAAGAUGGUAAUGGAACGCAACUUGAAAUAAAGGAGCGCCCCGAUGUUGGGGUUUAUGUCAAUAAACUCUCGACAGUGACCGUCUCGAAUGCGAGUCAGAUGCUGCGAAUUAUGGAGAUUGGAAGCAAAAAUCGCAAAACCGGUGCCACCAAAAUGAAUAGUGAAAGCUCUCGCUCACAUGCGAUGUUCACUGUGACUAUCGAAAGCUCAGAGAAUGGACAUGUUACUCAAGGUAAAUUGCAACUCGUUGAUUUGGCUGGAAGUGAGCGUCAAUCGAAAACCGGCACUACUGGUGAUCGCUUAAAAGAAGCCGCGAAAAUCAAUCUCUCGUUGAGUACACUUGGUAAUGUAAUUUCGGCUCUCGUUGAUGGCAAAUCGACUCAUAUUCCGUACAGAAACUCAAAAUUAACUCGUUUACUUCAAGACUCUCUUGGUGGAAAUUCAAAGACGCUAAUGAUUGCCAACAUUGGACCGGCUAGUUAUAACUACGAUGAGACUUUGUCAACUUUACGUUAUGCUAAUCGAGCAAAAAACAUUCAAAAUGUGGCCAGAAUUAAUGAAGAUCCGAAAGACGCAAUGCUGAGGAAAUUCCAGGAAGAGAUUGAAAUGCUCAGACAGAUGCUAGCUGAAGAGGAAGGCGAUGGAGAAGAGGCGGCUGAAGGACUCUCGAGCUCGAUGGAAGAGCUGCGAAAAGCACGCGGAACUGGGGAAUGGGAACAAAAAAUGAAGGAUAUGGAAGAAAGUCUUGAGAGAAGACGAGCACAAAUCGAUCCAACUCUUGAUGAAUCGGAGAGAAGAAAAUUGGCUGAAGAUUUGCUGGCUAGAGAAAAUGAACUAAAGAAGGCACGUGCUGAUCAUGAAGCUCUACGUUCCAAGUUGGCGCAAAUGGAAAGCAAAUUGAUCAUUGGUGGAGAAAAUGUGCUUGAAAAGGCUGAACAUCAAGCAAGACUUCUUGAAGAAAGUAAUCGAGAGUUGGAAGAGUCAAAAAAAGUUGAGACAACUCUUCAAGAUCGUUUAAGAGAGAAAGAGCAACAUCGAGAAACAAUUGAAGAAAAGACUUCCACUCUGCAAGAAGAAGCGCAUGUGAAGACGAAUAAACUUAAAAGAGUUUUUCACGAAUUGAAAGAGGUGGAAGCUGAAAUCUCGGAUGUCGAAGCGGAACAUCAACGUGAAAUGGAGGGACUCUUGGAGACUGUUCGACAACUGAGCAAAGAACUUCAACUACAAAUGACGAUCAUUGACGAAUACAUCCCACAGGAGUGCCUGGAAUUGAUCGAACAAUACGUGGAGUGGAACGAAGAGAUAGGCGAAUGGCAACUACGAGCCAUUGCGUACACGGGGAAUAACAUGCGAGCGGCACGACAGACUCCACCACUUGCAUAUAGACUCGAUCAUAGCCAGGCCUUCUCACCGUAUUACUCAUACAAAACGGACGUCCCAUCAACCCAAUCAUCAUCCCGGCCACCAACUAGAAGUGCAAGAAGGGAACGCAGCACUGCUCGAAUCAACGCUCUCCUUUCA